UCUGAACAUAACCACUGUGAGAAUAUCAGGUACGGGUGCUACAAUUCAAGUGAAAGUGAACUUUGAAUGAAGUCUGAAACUAUGGAGUGGAAAACAUUAAUAUGGAUAUAUUUUCUUCAGACGUCAGUUAUCCAAGCGAAUAUGGUGAGAAAUUGGUCAAAAAACGGUGCCAUUUGUACAAACGCGUCCGCCAAUAUUGUCUUUGCCCUGGACACGUCCUUCAGUAUCCACGAGAGCUCUUUCCGCCAACAGCUGGCAUUUGUUCAGCGUAUAAUCUCGCACUUUAGCAUUGGAAAGCAGGAAGUGCGCGUCGCCGUUUUAACGUUUGGAUCUGACGUCAUACACGACAUAGAAUUCGACGAUUUUGAUGACAAGACGGCGCUUAUUGCCGCAGUAGGCAACAUCCGGUACAGAGGAGGGUCGACCAACACAUCGGCAGCAAUAAAACACGCUAGGGAGGUCAUCCUGUCGGAAAAAAAUGUUCGUGAAAACAGCGCUCAGAUAAAUAUCAUAAUAACGGACGGCAACUCCGUCGACAAUCAUGCGACUGUUAUUGAAGCGUCAAUAUCUCGGAGUCUCGGGAUAAAGCUGGUUGCGGUCGGGGUUGGUGCAGGGCCAGACCGCCGAGAGCUGCAGGAUAUCGCAAGCGACAGACGUGCUCUCGUGGAUCGCACGGGCAUGUACGAUACAGACAGCCUCGACAGCAAGCUCGUGUUUACGGUGGAAGACUUCUCACUGCUCAGCGACAUCGAGGAAAUGCUUUCCACUGUCACAUGCAAAGAAAUACAACUCGACCAUCUAUCAAACAACACAGAAUAUGAGAAAGAGGCUGCGACACAAUCCUGCACGGGGAAAGCAGCUGACGUGAUGUUUCUAGUGGAUGCUUCAAGCAGCAUUUCGUCACCGAACUUCCGUAGAAUGCUAGAAUUCACCGACACAGUUAUGGCAUUCUUUGACACCCGUUCUUCUGGCACAAGAAUUGGCCUUACAUCAUACAGUGACGAUGUCAAUGUAGUUAUUCCAUUGAACAAUGCAUACAGUUCCCAGAAUAUGGAGGCGCGGAUAGCAGCCACGCCCCAGUUAACAGGUGGCACGAACACUGGAAGAGCCCUUCAGUUUGUUCGAGGGAUUUUUAAGACGCACUCACGGCUGUACGUGGACCGUGUAGUGAUCGUUCUGACGGACGGACAGUCGGCCGACCCCGAGCUAACCAAACAAGAGUCCCGCGCGUUAAAGGACAUGGGCGUGCGUAUGGUUGUUAUCGGUAUCGGAGAUCAGGUGGACACUGUGGAACUCCUCACAAUGGCAGGCGAGGAUAAUAUCCAGUCAGUGCUCACGUUGGACAACUUCCACGCACUGCCGGACAUUAGCAGCACUAUUGCAGUAAAAGUAUGCGGACAUGUAGACACCAAACUUCCGAAAUAUAUUAACGACCAAGAGAAAAGCCGCUGUGGGGGCACCCUGCCUACUGAUGUAAUGUAUGUUUAUGACGGACAUUCUGUCGGAACAGAGGCCAACAGCAAGACAAUAUCCACAAUAUCAGCCAUGAUAAAGGCAACAUCAAACAGUGUUUAUAACGUAAGAUCUGGAAUUCUUAAUCACGUGUGUGAGCACGUCAAGUCUUUGGAUUUAUCUGCACACAUCAGUGCCUCCGAUAUGAAAAAUAUCAUUACUUAUUCACAAAGCAAAAAUAUUCCAAGAUUACUGCAGGAAUUGCGGGUUGAUAGCUUCCAGAGAGCAAGAGGAGCAAGGAGGAACAGUAACAAAAUCGCUGUGAUAUUUAUAUUUAAUCAAACAGGGGACUACACAGAAACAUUUUUAGAAUUACGCAGGUUAUCAUUACAAGGCCAAGUGAAGACUUUCCUUGUUUAUGUAGGAAACACCAUUCCGGUUGAAUUAAAAUUACAUCUUGAAAAAGCGAACUGGAAUCAUACUCAUUUUAUGCAAAUCAAUGAAUUAACUGAUUUGAAAAGAUUUGUUCCAAAAUUUACACAAGAAUUAUGCAACAAUUAACUUU